CCCUAUGUGGUCACGUGAUAUCUUUUGUUGACGUUUCUCGCUGUAUUUUACAUGCAAUAUAUCCAUGGGCUUAUCCAGAAGCUGGUGCAAUGUCAUCGCCUCGCUAGCAAGCAGCAAACUCCGGAGGGUAUAAACCUGCACUGGGCUGCCGGCGAAUAGCUUCACUAAUGCUACCGAGUAUCGACAGCACUGGCGAAGCAAAGAGAGCCGAAGAGAUGCUUUUGUUGUCGGUUUAAGACGAUACGGAGGGACUGUUUUCACCUCGACAGGAAGAGGGACACCGCAGUUCGUGGAGUUGUUGUGCAGAAACCUUUCUUUUUGAGCUCCGACAGAAGGCAGCUUGAACUGUGUCCUAUGUACCCUUCAAAAUGGCCAUUUUCCAACAAUUUGGACUACUGCUGUGGAAAAAUUAUCUUCAGCAGAAACGACAAAUCCUUGUAACUCUGGUGGAGAUCCUUCUUCCCCUGCUCUUCUCCUGCAUCCUCAUUGUAUUGCGCCAGAAGGUGUCUUUCAAGGAUUACCCAAAUGCUACAAUCUAUGAGAGCUACUCAGUAGAAACACUACCAAGAGAUUGGAAAAACUUACAGCUGACAUAUGUGCCCGGCAACUCCAGCGUGGUGCGUCAGGUGGCAGAGGAUGUGCAAAGAAGCUUGUUCCUAUCCUCAGGUGGGGAACGAAUGUCGUAUAACAUGUAAAGAUUUGUUUAAGAAGGAAUUUUAAUCCAAAUGUAGAUCUGUGAAAAGUAGGUCAGAAAAUAUAUUCCAUCUGCAGUUGAUCAGUCAACAGCCAAGAUUUGAUUGGCACCAAAGAUGAUCAAAGGCAUUUUUUUGUAAAAAUACAUCUAGAUUUGAAUCAGAAGGUAUUCACGUGUCCGUCUUUGUGUUUAG